AUAGAGAAUUCGCCGCUGAAGGUCUAUAUGAAGCCCCUGCAGAAAGAGCAAGCCAAUAAAUAUAUAUUUCUAUGUAAGACAAUACGCCAAGGCAGCAGCAAUGGUGGAUUUAACGCGAGUAAAGGAGGAGCCACAACACGUUUGACAUCAGCUCUGCUGGAGGAGUUUCAGGAAAUGCAACAAGCCAGCCACAGGGAGGGAGACAGACUUCUCAUACCUUAGCGAAUGGAAGAAGGGAGCGAGGGACCGAUUUAGCCGCAUUUGCUAAGUAAGGAGAUGAAAACCCCAAUUGCAGCUCUUCUGUGACAAAAUUCCGCACCAACAAGCGACAACUUAUUUAAACUAAGCGAAGAGCGGGAAGUGGCCGAGCUCGUCAUCCCCAUGCGGCGGGCUGUCUCUCUCGCAUCCCUGUACUGAGCGAUCCGAUAAAGCGCCUGGAUCCAUUCAGCACUUUCCUACCGUCACAUCCCUCUGCUGCUUCUGUCUCCCCGUGUGGCUGUCACAGUGACAGGAGGCAGCGGCAGUCGCAUCUGCACGUCCAUCCCACGGCGCUGCGGGGUGUAGCUUGAUAAAGAAGAGAAAGAGCUGCUUCAGUAAUAUUGCACUAAAUAUCGCUAACUGCCACCUGCCCCCCGUCAGGGACUUAUAGGGGCAAUCCGCCCUACAGACCGAUUACCUUAACCCUUUGCCAAGAGUGACCGCACUAUGAUGAUGACCAGCAGCACCAGCACUGACCAUGUCAAGCUGGAACCCCCCUUCUACCAUGAGGAAACGCUAAACCUGCAGGAGUUUGCCCAAAUGGCGGGCUACAGUGCCAGCGGCUCUCCUGGCAGUAGCGGGAGCGGAGGGCAACAGCAGGGGGCACACCGAGAGCCUGGAGUCAGGUACCAGGACCAUAAGCUGAUGGGUGCCAACAUCAUUAUUCAGGGAAGCAACCUGAAGAAGAAAAACAUGGCUACGGUGGCUCCCGCAGUCAUCCAGCAAGGCUUCCCCGGAGAGGCGCUCAAGUUGAUGCCAGGGAGCGGGGAGACAGCGGUGGGGAAUAACCCAGUGCCAGCUGCGGGGGAAGGAGGAGCUGGAGCCGGCGCUGUGCCGAGUGCGGCCGCGGGGAGCACUAGUAACAGCAACUCGAACGGCGCGGAUGUGCCUCUCCUUCCUGGUACCGCCGCGGCCUCCUCCGCCGCCCUCAGCCUGCUCAAGCUCUCCCCACCGGAGAUAGAGCACCUCCUCAUCCAGGCAGCCAACUCCGGCAGCGCCCCCAGUCCCGCUUCUUCGGCACAGCAGCCGACAAUCCAGAUUCCCCCCUUCUUGUACCGGAGCCAGCCAGUUAUUACACAGGAGCAGGAAGGCUUCGCAGACGGGUUCGUCAAGGCCCUGGCCGACUUGCACAAACAGAACCAGCUGCUGGGCGCGCCUAUCUCCCCCACUGCCCUGGCUGCCGGGUCUCCCUCCUACCCUGUGGCGCGGACUCUGCUCCCGGCCGGGGAGGUGCCCGUCUACACAAACCUCAGCAGCUUUAACCCGGCGAACGCACAGCUCAGCCCACCUAUCCCCCAGGCUCCCCAGCCUACUCCAUACAGCGGCAACCCGUCCCCCGGUGCCGUACAGCUGCAGUUUCCAGGGCUGGGCCGCCUGCACGCAGGGAGGGGUCCUUUGGACGAACCCCAGACCGUCCCUGACGUGUCUCAGGCCGGAGCCGCUCCAUCAGGGGGAUCCACAGGGGGUACUGGGGAUUCUGCUUCCCCCCCUACCCUCUCCCCCAUCGAUCUGGAAACUCAGGAGCGGAUCAAAGCGGAGAGGAAGCGGCUGAGAAACCGAAUCGCUGCCUCCAAAUGCCGCAAGAGAAAGCUGGAGCGCAUCGCCAGGCUGGAGGAGAAGGUGAAGGUGCUGAAGUCGCAGAACUCGGACUUGGCCUCCACCGCCAGUCUCCUGAGAGAACAAGUGUCUCAGCUCAAGCAGAAGGUCAUGAGCCAUGUCACCAGCGGCUGCCAGAUAGCGGUCUCUAAGUCUGCCCCAGGGGGUAAAGGUGCGGGAGAGAGUCAGGGCUGCUGAGCAGGAACCCACAGCCAUGGCCGACAUCACAAACCCAGCCUGGCCCCUGAGCCUAUGUUACCUAACAAACAGCGCUAAGUACUGCUUUUCAGUAAUGGAUGUCAUUACAAUAGCAGAGGGAAAAGGACUCCUGGCGCCGUUUUAUUUCCCAUAAACACAUGGGAUAUAAGUUCUUUCCUCAAAGUCAAUGAUAUCUACCUGAUUACCCUCCAGAUGUUGAGCUACAGCUCUCAGCCUUCAGGGACAGCCAGACUGUCAGUGCAUGCUGGGAGCUGUAGUGCAGCAACUGGAGGCUGGAUAGGUUACACAUCCUUGGGCUCAUGGCCUGGAAAGCUGGAGGAACAAAUAAGCUAUAUAUAUAUAUAUAUAUAUAAGGAAGACCCACCCAAAAUAAUAGGGAGCUGAGGCACCCAACCAGUAUUUAUGUAUGGAAACACAAGGCACAGUGCAAGUAAAGGUUUCACCAUGAUAAAGAUAAUGUUUUCUUGAGGCCUGGAUUAGUGACAUACACCAGCCAUUACAUGAUCUUAAUGGGGCUCAAUUUCCAAAUGGAUGUGUUGUUUUGCAACAAAGCUAAAUGCCUAGAAGGAUACAAAAAUGGAUUAGGAAUCUCCCAAGUUGGCCUCUGAGAGCUGCAUUACACAGCCCCUCCCUUCCACCCAGACUAAUGAACUUGCUGGACCUGUUUUGGUGUGCAGACUUCUCAAGAAAGGAUACCCAGCCCAAGAUACAAGAACUGCGCUGAGAAGAGGCCUCCCUGUUCAAGUGGCAAAAAGCCAUUUAGGAAUAGUUAUGCAGGAGGGAGGCUAAUGCACAUGUUUAAAGCCUGGGUGUGUUACUGGAAAAUGGAAUGUAAAUAGAAAUCUUAACUUAUGCAAGACUUUAUUUAAUACUGCUUGUGCCAAAAGGUUAUUUUGUUUUUGUAAGUUUUGUUAAGUGAUCUUAAUUUAAUCAGCAGGUAUUAGUAGAGCUCUUCUUUCAGACCUUGCAGUACAUUACACACUGCCAUUAUCAGCCACUCUAAGCUGAACAACGCUGUUAAACUCUUGUUUCAGAGCAUUCUCACAAUGUGUGGGAAAUGCCCCAGUGUUUAUUCACUUUGUUCAUGGGGUAGAUAUUGACUGGUUAGUCAACACCCAACAUCCCCUUUGCAUUUUUACAGGGAUGAGACUGUACAGUUGUGGGUGUCUGUUUAUUAAACUUAUUUUAUGUCUAGGUAAACCUCAGUUCCUGUUCUGCUAAAAUGUCUCACUGCAGAUUUAAAGGAACAGUAUACACCACUGUUGAACAUGAGGCCAAUAAUAGGGCGCAUGUUAAAAAAAAAUUGAAUCUGCUCAUUGUUUUAAUUAAAACAAAUCUAUGCUAUUUGUUGAAGUGACUGAUGCAGAACAGUGACAUUGAAAAUACUCUCCUUUUACAGUUGAUCCCACCUUCUAUGUUUUUUAUUGGGAAGAGCACAAAGUUGAAUUACCCUUCCCAUUCAAACACUGUGCAUAAUGAACACAUGAAAAGAAACGAGUAGGCAGAGAACAUACAAGUGUAUUUGGCUCAGGCUGAGAAAUGGUGUAUACUGAACCUUUAAAAUGCUCAGUAAGGUAAUAUCCAUAUUAUCUUAACAGGCUUUGACACUGGCAUUUAUUAAGCUUGUGUCUGAUGACAGACCAUGGUUUUCUAAUCAUUUCUUUGGCAUCCAGUUAGUGAGUUUGUAAAUAUUUAAAGUACUUGGAUGACAAACUUGGACUCCAACUAGUGGCAACUCUUAUGUAACAUACAGAGUGAUUUGUGCAGGCAUCGCCACAAGCAGAGCAGGCAUUUUAACACUGCUUAGAAGACAUUGGAAUAAGUUAAGCAAAUAGACCCUUUUUACUGUAUAUAGACAAUGAUAUUACCUCAAGAUAUCUUGAUGGUUUAAAUGCACUUAUAAGACUGAAUAGAUUCAAAUUUGACAAAAGAGGUAAUUUCAUGAAAUUCAUCAUGAAUCCUUAUUAGCCUAGAUUUUUUUUUGGGAUGCUAGAUUUAACUGUUUAAGUGCUUAGACCGAAAUUCAUAGUUUAUUUAUUGCAGUCGGUCUUAAGAAACACAUCAAGUAUUACACUUGUUGAGAUUUAUUGCUAUUGCACUAAGUUCUAUAGUUUUGUACACCUAGUGACGUGUUAUUCUCUACGCAAUCUAUUUAAUGUUCAUUUUAUAAGGUCAAUCUAGGGACCAUUCUGAUGUUUUGUCUCCUCAGUGCUUAAACAUGAGAGUAACAAAUACACGAAGACAAUAAUGAAUUCAAAACUGGUGUUUAACCCUUUAAGUGCUGGCAAAAGUGAAAUCUAUGGUGCCAACAUAAAAGCACCAUAGCCAUAGAAUCUAUAUAUCCAACACUGAAGUCAGUUUUGUAUCAGAUAAACCAUAUACAUAUAUCUAAACAUGGAGGACUGCGUUUUCACACAAAUGAGUGUUGCAGAAGCCUCAACCUAACAGUUUAGUUUAAAACUGUUAAAAAAGGGCUUUUCACAACACUUUGUAUAACGGAAAAAAAGUAAUUCUAAACAACUUUUCUAUGUAUACAUUUUCAGUGGAUUUAAAUGUAUUUGUAAAUGUAAGGCUAGUUGGAUAUGGGGCUGAAUCUAAGCCUGCAUUUAUUCCCUUUGCUGGCAUCGGUCUGCACCCAGAUCCAUUGUGUCAGCCUCAAUACAGCUACACAGAGCAGAUUUCAGCAUCAGAACGCGCUGCUUCGUGUGCCUGCACCUGGGUUCCGGCAUAGUGUUUCCGGGUGUAGCCAGUCUGAUGCCAGCGCAGGGGCUGAUUCUUGGCCUGUAUUCAUACACAGACAGAUAAUUAGCCUGAACUUUUGAAAGGAGCAUCAUUCUGGCUUAUUCUGUUCUCUAGAGUCUGGUUCUGACUCCUGAAACAAUGCCGCAAAAGUCCCUUCUGUUACAUUGUUUCAGAGUCAGAAAACAGAAAGAGAUAAAUGAAUGCUUCUUUCAACUGCAAUUACAGUUACAAGCAACUUUUACAAUCAACAUAUACUGGAAAGUUGCUUAGCAUUAUUAGUUGCAUAGCAGUUUUUAGGUGGAAGUGCCCUUUAAUUGGUACAGAAUAUAACUUCCUAGAUUCAGAAACUAAUGCGUAGACAUAUAUUAUAAAUUUGACUGCCACAAAUGUUAACACUUCAGACCAGAUUAACCUUUCAAAUGUUUUUAUGGUAUAUAUUUAUUUUCUAAAUAUAAAUGUUGUAUUUUUGCUAGGAUUUGAUAAAUAUCUAUUAAACAGUAUAGUGGUUGAAGAUAAUAUUCAGUUUGCAAUUCACACAAAUUGCAUUUUGGAAUGCCCAUAGCAUGAAUGGAAGCCUUCUCAGAUUAGGGCACCGAGAAAGUGCCAGAAGAACUCUGUGUUCGGUUAUUAGGCAGUGUUUUAUGGUCUUCAAUUAAGCUGUUUUAUUUUGUUCCAGUCAUACUGUGGGCAUCAAUAUUUUAUUUAUUUCUUAAAACUUGAAGAUUUUUGGAUGUCAAGUGAAACCUCUAUUUUUGUAUUAAAUCUAUAGUCUAGAGAGAGGCAGGUUAUACAGAGGAGCAAGGAGCCAUGAUACGCCUCUCACCGUCACUGUGUACAUUCCAGCUGGGGGAUAGUAUUUGUGAA